AGGGCCGGCUGGCUGUGGCAGCGGCGGCGGCUGCGCGCGGCGGUUCUGCGCUCUCAUCAUGGCGGCGCGGGGCCAUGUGCAAGACCCCAACGACCGGCGCCUCCGGCCCAUCUACGAUUACCUUGAUAAUGGCAAUAAUAAGAUGGCGAUCCAGCAGGCAGACAAACUGCUGAAAAAACACAAAGAUCUUCACUGUGCAAAGGUUUUGAAAGCAAUCGGCCUGCAGAGAACUGGGAAGCAAGACGAAGCGUUCAUUUUGGCACAAGAAGUAGCAGCCCUCGAACCUACGGAUGAUAAUUCCUUGCAAGCUCUGACUAUCUUAUACCGGGAAAUGCAUCGGCCGGAGCUGGUCACAAAACUCUACGAGGCAGCUGUGAAGAAAGUCCCUAGCAGUGAAGAGUAUCACUCCCAUCUCUUCAUGGCCUAUGCCAGAGUCGGGGAAUAUAAGAAGAUGCAACAGGCUGGAAUGGCUCUUUAUAAGAUCGUCCCCAAAAACCCAUACUAUUUUUGGUCUGUGAUGAGCUUAAUUAUGCAGUCUAUAUCUGAGCAGGAUGAAAAGCUCUCCAAAACCAUGUUUUUACCCCUAGCUGAAAGGAUGGUAGAAAAAAUGGUGAAGGAAGACAAAAUCGAAGCUGAAGCAGAAGUUGAACUUUACUACAUGAUUCUGGAACGCUUGGAGAAAUACCAGGAAGCUCUGGAUGUUGUAAGAGGAAAAUUAGGGGAGAAGUUAACCAGUGAGCUCCAGAGCAGAGAGAACAAGUGCAUGGAGAUGUACAAAAAGCUGAGCAAGUGGCCGGAAUGCAGCGCUCUCUCGAGGAAGCUUCUCCUGAAGAACCCAGAUGACUGGCAGUUCUAUAUGAUCUACUUCGAUUCCAUCUUCCAGCUGAUCGACACAGCCUGGACCCCUCCAGCGGAAGGAGAGCACUCUCUGGAAGGCGAAGUGCAUCACAGCGCCGAGCAAGCCGUGUCUUUCGUCGAGCAGAGGGUCACGCAGGAGGCUGACCGCGCCCGCCCCCUCCGGGGACCGUACCUGGCUCAGAUGGAGCUCAUCCGGCGCUUGCGGUGCAGAGGCUGCAGCGGAGAACACAAGCUGGGCGAUCCAGAAGAACUGAUGUUCCAGUAUUUCAAACGGUUUGGGGAUAAACCCUGCUGCUUCACUGAUCUCAAGGUGUUUGUUGACCUUCUCCCCUCAAGCCAGUAUACAAAGUUCAUCAACCAGUUGUUGGGGGUCAUCUCCCUGUCUGCACCCACAGACGGCAAACCUGCCCUCCCCCCUAACAUCAAAGCUCUGCAGCAACACCUGUGCGUCGUGCAGUUGACAAGGCUGCUUGGCCUCUACCACACGAUGGAGAAGCCCCAGAAGCUGAGCGCCGUCCGGGACUUGAUGUUGCGGUAUCGGCACGGGCUGGAUUUUGGAAAAUCCUGUUUGAAAACAGAGUUGCAGUUUUCGGACUACUACUGCCUGCUUGCUGUUCACUUGCUCCUUGACAUCUGGCUAGAGGCAGGUGAAGAGCCGGCUGCCUGGCAGUGCUUGACGUUUCUAGAAGAAGGGCUGGCUCACAGUCCCUCGAACGCUCAAUUCAAAUUGCUUCUCAUCCGGAUCUACUGUAUGCUCGGGGCAUUUGAACCUGUGGUGGAGCUGUACUCCAGCCUCGACGCAAAGCACGUUCAGCACGACACCAUCGGCUACUUGCUGACGCGCUACGCCACAGCCUUUGGUCACUAUGCCGCCGCAUCGCAAUCCUGCAACUUUGCACUCAGGUUUUUCCACUCCAACCAGAAAGAUACCUCAGAAUACAUUAUUCAAGCCUAUAAGUACGGUGCGUUUGAGAAGAUACCGGAAUUCAUUGCUUUCAGGAACCGACUAAACUCUUCACUUCAUUUUGCACAAGUCCGCACAGAGCGGAUGUUGCUGGACCUCUUACUUGAAGCAAAUAUAUCAACGAGUUUGGAAGAGAGCAUCAAGUCCAUGAGCCUAUGUCCGGAAGAGGACGACAUUCCUUGGAACGACUUGCGGGAUAACCGAGAUCUCACUGUCUUAUUUAAUUGGGACCCAAAAGACAGGGACAUUUCUGAAGAGCACAGAAAACUCUCCUUGGAGGAAGAAACCAUCUGGUUGCAGAUUCGGUCUUUGACUCUGCGGUUGAUAAGCGGUCUGCCGACUCUCAGCCACAACGCUCAGCCAAAGAACUCCGAGAAAACCACCGAGAAUGGCGUUUCCUCCAAGAUUGACACAAUACAGGCUCUGCUGCGGGAGCUGGACGCGGCCGUGAGUUCUGGGAAGCGGUUCCUUGAGAAGAAAAUCCAGUAUCCGGUCCUUGGUCCCCCUCCGUCGCGCAUGGCCGGCUUCUUCAGCAGCGGGAGCUGCCAGUGCCAGACCAGCUUGUUUUAUCUCGUUAGCGAAAUUUAUGAACUCGAUACCAACGGCUUGGAAGAUUCGACAGCAGUUCAAGAGAGAAUAGGGAAUAGCUUGAAAUCACUACUGGAACAACUAACAGAUCAGUUCAGUAAGUGCAAAGGUGAUUUGUUGGCAGUCGAGGAGGGCAGCUUCAAAACCAAUCCAGACAUUUUAGAAAAUCUAGUCUUCUUUGUGGAGACCAUCUCCAUUGUCCUGUGGGUGUGCAGUUACUCAGACACCGUGCUCCGGCCCUGCAAAUCAAGCUUCCAGAAAAAGAAAAAGAAGAAAAAAGAGAGCGUUAUAGCAAUGCCCCCCGUAUUCACCAGCUUUCAAGAUUACAUUUCCGGGCUCCAGACACUCACUUCCAACGUGAUAGACCAUAUCAAAGGGCUUGAAAUGACUCUCACUGCACUUAAACUUGAAGAUCUGUCCAUAGAAGACAAUUUACUGUCACAGGAAGAAAAGAAGUUUACAAAGACUGCGUUAGGGAAAGUCCAGAACAGUUACCAGCAUGCGAUUCAGGAAAUCGGAGAAUUGCUGAAAAAGAGACUUGAUACCAUCAAAAAUCUAAAGGUUUGAGGAAACUCAUCCCGGGUGCAGAAGGCAGAGAGUGAACCCUGGAUGCCAGAUGAGAAGCAGCGUCCGACACCCCUUUGACAUAAAAAAAUCUGGAACUUCCUCAUAAAUGCAUGAAGGACUUUGAUCGUAAAAUAGUUUUUUUUAUGUAUUAAAAAGAUAUAUUCAAA